UUCAUCCACUACAUAAAUUCUCAACCCAUUCCCUCCUUUCCUCCAACGAAAAGUUAAGCGGUAAUCAGCAAUCAUCAAAAUCUUAAAUCUCUACGCCCAUUUGGAUUGACGAAGCUCGAAUUCAAUCACUGUCCAAAGCAAAAAAGCGAAAGAAAGAUGUCGUUGAUUCCAAGCUUCUUCGGUGGCCGACGAAGCAGCGUCUUCGAUCCUUUCUCUCUCGACAUUUGGGACCCCUUCAAGGAUUUUCCUUCCUCCUCGCUCUCUGCAAAUUUCCCAGAGUUUUCUAGGGAAAAUUCUGCCUUCUUGAGCAACCAAAUCGAUUGGAAGGAUACCCCAGAAGCCCAUGUGUUCAAGGCCGAUGUUCCAGGUCUCAGGAAGGAGGAAGUGAAGGUGGAGGUUGAAGAUGAUCGGGUGCUACAGAUCAGCGGUGAGAGGAACGUGGAGAAGGAAGACAAGAACGAUACUUGGCAUCGGGUUGAGCGCAGCAGCGGGAAGUUCUUGAGGAGGUUUAGGCUUUUAGAGAAUGCCAAGUUGGAUCAGAUUAGAGCUGCCAUGGAGAAUGGGGUUCUGACUGUUACUGUUCCUAAAGAGGAGGUCAAAAAGCCCGAUGUCAAGUCCAUUGAAGUCUCUGGCUAAAACUUCGUCCGCUUUGAUUAACUGAGAGUGGUCUACAGGGUAUAUUUAUGGGACUAUAAAUUAGAUAGCGUUUUGUAAUUGUUUAUGGUUCAUUGUUGUACAGAUGGUGUUUGUGGUAGUGUCAAGCUCUACUUCUUUCCUAUUGUUACUAUGAAAAACAAAGUUUGACCAAAGAAAAAAAAAAUCACAUUUGAGAAAUUGUAUGAAGCUAUUAGUCUAGCUAGCUAUGUAAAUAUUAAUAGCCAAGUGUCCUUUAUGGUAAAUCAAAAUACAAGUUUUCCCUCCAGUAAAUGAACCAU